CCAUCACGCAAAAAAAGAGUCCGAGGGCAACACCGCCAAAAAAAGAAAAAAAAAGGGACAGGAAAAAAAAAAACAACACCCGAACGCCUGCACGAAUCGUCUCGAGCCUCUUCGUCGACGAAGUUAUAAAUAACCCCGUUCUGGUUAGGGUUGAGGAUUUCUUCCUCCUCUGGUCUGCUGCUCCACCCUCGAGAGAGAGAGAGAGAGAGAGCCGGAAGAGGAGAGGAGGUGCGGAUUGCCGAACCAACUGCUCGAGGCCUCUGCGUGGGGUUUCGCGCCGCGGGAUCUGCGCCGCGCCGCGCCGUGUGAUAUCCUGUGGUGGUUUUGGCGGGCGGGCGGGGGCGGAUUUCGCCGCGGCUCUGUUGGUCGGCUGAUUCGGCGAGGCUGGGGCGCGGGGGCGGGCGAUCGGGACACUGGAGCUGCGCCCACUGGCUGCGCGCCAUGGCCGGGAUCGACGCCGGCGAGGGGGCGGCCGCCGCGCCGCCGCCGGAGUUGUCGCCGCAGCAGCGUAUCGAGCAGAAGCUCAUUCUCUAUGGAGUACCUGAAGAACAGCUGCAAGGGCACCAAGAAGGCCUAGUCCGGUACAUGGAGGAGCACAAGGAGCAGAUACCUGAUAUUGUGAAGCAUAUCUUGUCAGCAGGUACUGAUUUUUCAGAGGCCCGGAAGGCCUCAAAAAAGGACGCAAACAGCAGCAGCAAUGGCGAUGUGUACAGUGAGAGUUUGUCAUGGCUGCAAUGGUUGAUGUUCAAAAAUGAACCAGGAGCGAUGCUUGAUGACCUGGAGCGUUCCAAUGCAGGGGAGCGUGCUGUCUGUGGGUCUGUCUGGGGGCACAACGAUGUUGCUUAUCGCUGUCGGACUUGCGAGAGUGACCCCACAUGUGCAAUUUGUGUCCCGUGCUUCCAGAAUGGCAAUCACAAGGAUCAUGAUUACUCUAUCAUGUACACAGUGGGUGGAUGUUGUGACUGUGGAGAUGCAACUGCUUGGAAGCGUGAGGGCUUCUGCUCAAGGCACAAGGGGGCUGAGCAGAUCAAGCCCCUCCCAGAGGAGCUUGCACGUUCUGUAGGACCUAUUUUGGACGCCCUCUUGCAGUUCUGGAAGGAGGCGCUAUGCCUGCUGCAACCACCCCCUGCAAAGGGUGGUGAUAGUAGCUCGUGCAAGAGGAUUGCUGAAGAGUUGACAACUUCUAUCUCUAGCAUGCUGCUUGAGUUCUGCACCCGUAGUGAAAACCUUCUUAGUUUUCUGUCCCUAAGGAUCCGUGAGUUCCCGGAUAUGUUAGAUGCAUUAAUAAGGUCAGACAGGUUUCUUGACAAGAAGGUUGCCAGAAAAUUGCAUGAGUUUCUAUUGAAGCUUAUCAGUGACCCUGCUUUUAAGUAUGAGUUUGCCAAGGUUUUCAUACGCUACUACCCUAUCACAUUUGAGGAAGUUAUUAAAGGCUGUAAUGAUUCACUACUGGAAGACUAUCCACUGAUGACAACUUUUUCUGUGCAAAUAUUCACUGUGCCUACAUUGACCCCAAGGCUUGUGCGCGAGGUUGAUUUGUUGGGUGUCCUCCUUGGAUGCUUGACAGAUCUGUUUCUCUCUUGCAUCGGUGAGGAUGGUCGUUUGCAGACAAACAAAUGGGGGAAUUUAUUUGAUGCUUCUAUCCGAUUACUGGAUGAUACACGCUAUGUGUUGAGUCAUGAAGAGGUUUCUAAGCAUGUUGCUUAUGAGAGGCCUGAUCUAACUAGGUCAUGGAUUAAGCUCUUAUCACUUGUGCAAGGAAUGGAUCCUCAGAAGAGAGUGACAAGUAUUCAUGCUGAAGAUGAGAACGAGCAUCUAUCUGCGCCGUUUGUGCUGGGGCACUAUCUUGGAAUUGUCCAGAAUCUUAUGAUGAGGGGAUCAUUUUCUCCUCCUGAUCAACAUGAAUCAACUGAUGUGACAGUUUGCUCCACUGCAAUAAAAGGGGUGGAAAGUGCUGAAAAUCAGCGGCAUGCAAAAGUUGGGAGGGUCUCCCAGGAGAGUUUUGUAUCCAAUUUAAGCAGCAGAGACAGCUCUUUGUGCUCUGGAUUGCCAUCACCUGCUGCCUGGUUAAUUCUUCAAUGCCUGAAAGCUAUUGAAAGUUGGCUCUGGCUGGAAAAUGAUAUAGCUCUGAGGAGCAAAAUGUCAUCCCUUGAUGCUAGCAGCAGUGAUUCUCACAAUUUUAUGGCAUCGCUUGAAGACCCGUUGAGUUCUCUUAAGGGAAGCAGUUCAAAUACAAAGAUAGGCAUCAAGAUAAAUGAAGGAUCACAAACAGAUUGUACUGCAGAUUAUUAUGAGGCAUCUAGUUCUCCUGUUCAAGGUCAAGGCAACCGGAUGCAGAUUGACCAAGAAGGGAUGCCUCCGGUUAGUAAAAGUACAGGCAAAGGGAAGAUGCAUGACGGAAGCAACACUACAGAUGUACAGUUGCGCCCUGAGGAUGCCGUCACUUAUACUCUGACUGAUGGUAGCAUUUUGUAUGCUCAUCCAGAUUCAAGAAUCGAGGAACUAGGAAUACUCAAUACAAGAGAAUGGCCUCAUGUUGUCUUCGAUGUCAGUUCACAAGAAACAUCUUUCCAUAUCCCUUUGCACCGUAUGCUUUCAUUACUAUUGCGGAAGGCAAUGAAGAAAUGUUUUGGAGAGGAUGGACAUUCAGAUGUGCAAUCCAAUGAGUUCUUUUCUCAAAUACUUAGAGGUUGUGAGCCCUAUGGGUUUGCUUCAAUUGUUAUGGAGCAUCCACUGAGAGUGAGAGUAUUUUGCGCACAAGUGCGUGCUGGAAUGUGGCGCAAGAACGGUGAUGCAGCUAUCCUGAGUGCCGAGUGGUACCGCUCUGUGCAAUGGAUUGAACAAGGUUUGGAGUCAGAUCUGUUUCUGCUUCAAUGCUGUGCUGCCCUAUCUUCUCCAGAGUCCUUUGUGCGGACAAUUCAAGAGCGAUUUGGUUUGUCCAGUUAUACCGAUUUGGGACUCGCAGAGCAAAACGAGUUUGAGUCAGUUCUAAUGCAAGAAAUGCUGACUUUUCUUAUACAAUUGGUUAAAGAACGUCGUUUUUGUGGGCUUUCCACAGCAGACAACUUGAGGAGAGAACUGAUUUACAAGUUAGCUAUUGGAGACGCCACUCAUAGCCAAAUUGUUAAGUCUCUUCCUCGCGAUCUUUCAUCAAGUGACCAACUUCAAAAUGUUCUGGAUUCGCUGGCAGCUUAUUCUAAUCCAUCUGGCAUGAAGCAGGGUAAGUAUGUACUUCGCAAAUCAUGCUGGAAGGAAUUGGACUUGUAUCACCCACGCUGGAAUUCUAGGGAAUUGCAAAUUGCUGAGGAGAGAUAUUACCGUUUCUGCAAAAUUUCUGCCCUUAAUGCUCAGCUACCUCGCUGGACUCAUGUUUUUAACCCCCUCAGAAGUAUUUCUAACAUUGCAACCUCGAAGGCUGUCCUUCAGAUUGUUCGUGCAGUUCUUUUUUAUGCUGUUUACAGUGAUGCAUCAUCGGCAUCACGUGCCCCUGAUAAUGUUCUUGUGACGGGUUUGCAUCUGCUUUGGUUGGCACUUGAUAUAUGUGAAUCUGAAAGACAGAUACAUGCUGGUCAGUAUGGCAUGAACGUGGUGCAACAUGAUGAUGAAUCAUGGGUUGUUCUGUCAUCUGCAGAAGAGGCUUUCCCCAUCUUGACUUACUCCACUGAACUAGUUUCCCCAGUGUCUGACAAAGUAAAGAAAGAAAGCAUGUUAACUCUGCUUGUCUCGUUAAUGCACAAAUACAAAGAAGAGAAUGAUGCCACCUUUUCUGGAUCCAAGUACUGUAAUAUCCCAUCUCUCAUUGAAAUUUUAUUAAAGAAGUUUGCCAAGUUAAGUAAGGAGUGCAUGGUUACAUUGAGACAAAUGGCACCACAAAUAGUGCCUUCUACACCUGAUCAUACCAGUACCAAAGAAAGCCUAGGAACUUCAGAUUCCAUGGAAAAGAAAGCAAAAGCACGCCAACGCCAAGCUGCAAUUAUGGCAAAAAUGAGGGCAGAGCAGUCCAAGUUUGCUGAAAGUAUGAAGUCAUCAGAAAACGAGGGGCAUGAUGUUACUAUGUUGGAGGCAGAUGUGUCCAGUUCAACUGGAGUUGUGUCUGAGGAGUCGCUACCAGUUUGCUCUCUGUGCCGGGAGUCAGAUUCCAAAAGCCCUCUCUGCUACUUAAUCCUUCUUCAGAAAUCUCGGCUUGCAACCUUUGUUGAGAUGGGUAAUCCAUCCUGGGAAAAUCCAGCUCAAGUCAACAAAAUUGUAUCAGUCAAAAGGGAAGACUCAACCGAUUCCUCAGCCUCUGGUUCUUCAACUUCUGAGGAACUUGUCAAUGAUACAACAGUAGAGCCAUCAUUUGAUAUAGACAACAUGGAAGUUGAUGCCUUUCUUGAUUUUUCUAAUGAGCAACAUCCACUGAUUAGAUAUAUAUCAUCUUUCCCAACUGGGCAUAGCAACAGCAAUGCAGAUGAAAAUGUCUCGCUUGAGGCAAUUGAGGCUGACAUUUACAGUUCUAUUUUAAAUGAUUUAUUUGGAUCCAGCAAUGCACAUAUUCAGGAUAGUGACAAAAUGUUGCCAUCAAAUACUUCAAACAUCACAGUUGAUACCAAGAGAACUAGAAGCCCCAAGCGUUCAGUGCUGGGAACAUAUGUUAGUUGCCUUUCAGCAAAACACCGCCAUUCUUCUCUGUACGAUGUAGCCUCAAAAUCUUCUGCCUCUGUAACUACAAGAAACAGGUUUGGUCCUGUUGAUUGUGAUGGCAUCCAUAUAUCUUCUUGUGGACACGCCGUGCAUCAGGAAUGUCAUGAUCGAUAUUUGUUCUCCUUGAAACAAAGAUAUGUCCGGAGACUUGGUUUUGAAGGUGGUCAUAUAGUUGAUCCUGAUCUGGGAGAAUUGCUUUGUCCAGUAUGUCGCAGAUUUGCAAAUUCCAUUCUUCCAGCAUCACCUGAUUUCUCUGGUAAAACAUCAAGGAUGGUGAGACCAUUUGUUCAAACCUUGACACCUCAAGUUGUUACAACUACAUCAGAUGUGAAUAGAAAUUGCUUACAGUUCCCUCGCGCACUAUCUCUUCUUGAAAGUGCUGGAAAAAUCGUUGGAGAAAGCAAGUUUUUAAAAGCUAUAUCUGGGAAGCUUAAUGAAACUACAAAUCCAGCCCUUGAUCCUUGUAUUCGAAGAUUGGCUAUGCUUUACUAUCCUCGCAGUCACAGCAGUUUUUCACCAUCUAAGAGGCUGAACCCAUCCUUAUUUCUCUGGGAUACACUAAGAUACUCUCUGGUAUCUACAGAAAUCGCUUCUCGUGGUAGGAUGUCAAGCCACUCUGCUGAAUCAAAGUCCUGCUUGGAGUCUUUGCGUGGUGAACUUAAUUCAUCAAGUGGGUUCAUAUUGUCCCUCUUGUUCCAUGCUGCUCACGCUGCACGGAAUUUGAAUUGUCUUGAGGUUCUUCUGAGGUUUGAAGGUAUCCAACUAUUAGCAGGUUCGAUUUGCUCUUGUAUUUCGGGUUAUAAAGACAUUCUGAAUGCCACUAAGCGAAAAGGCUCUUUGCCAUCGAUGAUUGAUCCAGCCAGUGAGGGGGGCCUCUUCCCUGAUAUCCAAUUUUGGAAACAAUGUGCUGAUCCAGUUCUUGCUCAAGAUCCAUUUUCUUCUUUGAUGUCAGCACUUUUCUGUCUGCCUGUUCAGUUUCUGUCAUCUGCUGAAUUCUUCAUCCCUUUUGUCCAUCUGUUCUAUGUUGUUUGUGCCAUUCAGGCCCUGAUAACAUGCUACGGGGAGGAAACUUUUGAUCGAUCAAACUUCAAUGACUGCCUUCUUAAUGAUGUUUGCAAGACAAUGUCAGGAUUUGAUGUUGCCAGAGAGUAUUUUGUAUCCAAAUAUAUCGAUCCCUGUUGUCAUCCAAAAGACAUGGUCCGCAGAUUAACAUAUCCAUAUCUUCGGAGAUGUGCAUUGCUUUGGGAGCUGCUAAGAUCGUCUGCCACAUCGCCCUUGUACGACGGUUCCAAUAUUUGGGAAGGAUCACAUCUUUACUUGAGUAAUAGCACACAAGACGGCAGUUCUUCACUGGCAAUGGAACUGAACGGAUUAAGAGAAUUGGAAGACCUGUUUCAGAUUCAGUCACUGGAUCUGAUUCUCCAAGAUGAAUCUGUACACAUGCUGGCCUUAAAAUGGUCUCAACAUUUCUGUGAAGAUUACAAUCCCCGUAAAUAUAGAGGCACUCUCUUUUCUACCCCUGCAGUUCCAUUUAGGCUGAUGCAACUACCAGAUGUAUACCAGGUUCUCCUAGAAAGAUAUGUCAAGAUGCAAUGCCCUGAUUGUGGCUUAGUGCCUGAUGAACCGGCAUUGUGUUUGCUUUGUGGCAAACUAUGUUCGCCUAGUUGGAAACCAUGCUGCAGGUCUGGUAAAUGCCAGAAUCAUGCAUUGCAAUGUGGUGCUGGUAUUGGCAUAUUUCUUCUAGUGAGGAAAACAACAAUCCUGUUGCAGCGAUCUGCUCGUCUGGCCUUUUGGCCGUCUCUAUACCUUGAUGCUUUUGGAGAGGAGGAUCAUGAAAUGCAGAGAGGAAAGCCUUUAUAUCUAAGUCAGGAAAGAUACACAGCCCUGACGUAUUUGGUGGCAUCUCAUAGCCUUGACCGAACUUCUGAAGUUCUUCGGCAAACGACCAUCAGCUUUUAUGAUUGAGUCCAUUUUCCAAGGAACAAUGUUCAAAGGAUCUUGUGGUUGUGAAUAUUGUGGGAACUGUAGUGCAACUUGGUGUUGAUCCUCUCCGGUGAUUAACGAAAGUAUUACCUCAACCAAAGGUGGUGUAGAUCCUGCAGGCUUGACGCCAUUCGUCUUCUGUGGUGCACUGGACCUGCUGCCCCCAUGUGCCUAAUGUACAGUUGUUUUCAUUCUUUUCUUUGUUUUACUAUUGUUAUUAUGGCCGGUGCUCACAAAAUGGCUACAGCUGCUGACCUUGUAACGUUUAACGAUCGACUGCAUGAUCUGUAUGUACAGUGCAUAGCAUCGGAUUGGUGUAGUUUGUCAGUAUGAAAUGCAGUCAUCCAGGUGCCAUUUGAUCGUCACCGAGUUUUAUUUACCA